AAUCGUUUGCCAGUCACACACUCUGACUGUUGCAGCUGCCCGGAAAGCUAGUUUUAGACAACUGGCUAGCCGCAGCCAGUGGUAAACAGCGAACCGUCGAUUUGCUAAUAUAUAUAGCUACGGUAUUUAAAGAAAUCGCUUUCCAAACCAGCACAUAAGCAGCAAGAGGAGGGGGAUUUAAUAAAACGGCCAGAGUAGAGAUGGAAGGAGACUACAGCAGUUUUACUCGAGAUUCGUCGGAUGACCACUCGCAAAGAGGAAGUGUUGCUUCUUCUGCAACACUUUCCCGGGCUCAAGAUGUGCUCGUAUACAUCUGUGGUGACAGCGCAGUACACUUAGCAGUAGAAGGGCUUGGCAGUGUGUCUGUGCAGGAGUUGGGCCGCAGUGUUCGCGAGGCUCUCCAUAUUCCUGAUUCUGCACAGGAUGUUUUUGCCUUCUGGCUUUGUUCUCCACUGCUUGAAUUGCAGUUAAAGGCAAGGCAUCAACCAUACAAACUGUGUAGGCAGUGGCAGGACUUGCUGUAUCGCUUCACUGAGGCCUCAGAGGAAGACAUCUCACAAGAUGAACCAUGUCUCCAGUACCGUCGGAACGUCUUUUAUCCUAAAACUAAAGAGCUGCAGAUAUAUGAUGAGGGAGUGCUGAGGCUUCUGUACGAGGAGGCCAGGGGCAACAUUCUCUCUGGUCGAUACCCCUGUGACCCCGAGCACUGGACGGGUCUCGGAGCCUUGUCUCUGGCUCUCGAUGAGGGAACUGAUCUUGACAGGCAAAAAUUAAGUACUACUAUAAGGGAGAAGAAACUGUCUUCUUUUCUGCCUGCACAUGUUGCCAUGGGGAGUGGAGGUUUGCUCUCCACUCUGAGAGGGAAGUCAAGCCGUCAGACAGGGCUGGAGCAGAACCUAAUGGAGGAGUACAGAAAGAUCAGCACACCUGCUGGAAGCUCUCCUGAGCCCACACAGCUCCUACACCAGUACCUCAACACAUGUCACACUCUGCCUUACUAUGGGUGCGCUUUCUUCUUUGGGGAGAUCGACAAGCCAGUGCAAGGGAUCCUCCAAAGAGUCAAACGCAAAGCUGUCAACGUCGGGAUCUGCCUGGAGGGAGUUUAUGUGAUGGAUGUUAAAGAGAAGCAUGUACUGCUCGGUCUGCAUUUCAAUGAGCUUUCCUGGGACCACAGCUACCCUGAGGAACAGGGGGACUCGCACAUUCUGUGGCUGGAGUUCGAUGGAGAUGAAGAUGGCACUCCUGUCAACAAGUUGCUUAAGAUCUACUCAAAACAGGCAGAGCUGAUGAGCGGCUUCAUUGAGUUCUGUGUGGAGCUGAGGUCUGCGUCUGAGGGAGGAGCUGCAGCGGAGAUGGACGGAGAGCUGAGUCCGUCUCAGCAGCCUGCUGGGCAGGACGGCAGCAACAAGAACGGACGCGGAGGACGGCGCGGGAUGCUGCGCAGGCAAAGCAGUGUCGUGUGCAGUCGGGUCCAUUCACUUAACACUAUCAGCUACGUGGACAAUGGAAAAGAAAUCAAACGCUUGAAGCCGAAAAGAGCCGCGUCCUUCUUUACCCGACAGCCGUCUGCAUCCACAUACUCAGCUGUGCAAGUGACGGAGGGUCUGGAGCAGGGUUAGACUCGCUGAUCAGCUGUGCCCCGUGCCUCUCAAAGACCAAACCUGAACACUGUACGAAAAAGACUCGAAACAAGUUUGAGACAUUUAACUGAUAAUAUAUGAACAUGCAAAGGACCAAGAGAGGGAUCUAAGUGUGAGUGACAAUAUUUAUCUUUUGAAGUUGUGUGUAUAUUAAGAGAGUACAGUAAUGUGAAACACAAAAUGAUCCAUUAACCUGUAUGCUUCCAAGGUUAAACUGAAGUGGUUGUUUAUUAGAUGGCCUUACAUAAAGAAAAUAUAGCGUUCUUUGAGCACCAUAUGAUGGACCUCCUUCAUGAGUCCGAGACAAGCCUUACAGAAAUCCUCAUUCAACAACUCCAAUUGACAGUUUCUACCUUUCUGCAGCACUCUGGUGCUGUUGUUAUUCAAAAAUGUUAAACCUCAUUAGAGUAUAACCACUGCUUUACCUCUUUUUACUCCUUUUUGGGGUUGGACAUCAACAACAAUAUAUCCCCAUACAACUAACAUUUUGUAAGAGCUACCACAAACUACAGUCAGCAUGACAAACGUUUUCAGGGGACAAUCUUAGGGGCGUGUUUUCUAACUGCCAGUGCCUUGUUUUCAUCAAAGAGUGAAGACACUUAAAGAAAAGCACUGGUGGAAAGGAUAACGGGUUGGUGUUACUGAUCAUAAAGAGCCCGUAUGGGAGCACAUUAUAUGUGUUGUGGAAGUUUCUUGUAAGUACAAGAUAAUUCAUGUUUGAGGAUAUUUGCAGGUGGUUAUCAUGGAGAGAAAGUGCAGGUGGGACAUCGCACUUUAAAAAUAAUUAUUCUGCUGUGAUAUUCCUAUGUAAAAGCAGGUUAGCUGAAUUUACAAGACAAAAUAGAAAUUUUACAGCAUCCAGUUGUAGAAUCUAAAAUUACACAUUCACAGUAUCAAGCCUUUAUUGGAAGCAUGAAUUGAUUUGCACCAAUAAGAGUCAAGAACCGCCCAAACCAUUCUGUAAAAUAGGCAGGUUUAAUCGAUUGAAAGCUCUGUUCUAGCAGUCUAUAAAUCAUACCUGCCACUGAACAGUUAGCAUGUCAUAUUCAAAGUUUAACUUCCAAUCAGAAAAGGAAACAUCGAUGUGCAGGUCUUGACUUGACUUGAACUUACUUGGUCUGACCUGAUCAGCAAAAUAAAACUGAUGCAAUACAAUUCUUGUACAACUUCUGACACAAGAGCGACAAAACAAAAAAAUCCUUCCCGUUUAGCCGUUAUCAGUUUUUCAAAUGAUUUUUUUCCUUGAUAGCACAAUCAUGGUUGACAUAAUUUGGAAAAGGACGAGGAACAAUAUCUUUGUAUAAAGGUGUUGUUGAUGUCUGUUUUCAGCAUUUUUUUCAUGGGUUAUUCUGUUAAAUAUAGGACCGUUUUCGGAACCGUUAAGGAACAUAACUGCUUCAGUUUAACUGAAAUUAAAAAUCACCAAUUUCUGAGAUAGUUUCACUGGACAGGACUAUAUGCUCUGUGCAUAUGGCACAGACCAACUGACCAACAACCUUUGACUACACUUUUCAAAUCUCAGUCUGUUCACCAAAGCAAGCCUAUCUAACGUGCUGCAUUACAGUAUGCUACCUUAACUCUACAGAGAAAGACUUCAGUUUCCACCACGUGGCCGAGUCCUCCAAGUGUCUCUCUGAACUUCACCCUAAUGCUGAAACAGUCUGUUCCUGUCUUUGCUGUACAAUUAACAAACAUGUUCACCUCACUAAUGGCCAUUUAAACAUCUGCCUUCCACUGAUUUGAGAUACGGAGGCGUCGUGUAUUCCUGAUUCUCCUGAGCAUGAAAACUGCAGAAUGUUUUUACUUUUCUACGCUUCGACUUGUAAUAUGUCAGCUACCGACUGUAACCUAACAGCAGCAGGCCAAUAUAUUGUUGCUAACUUAACACUAUGCAUGUCACAAUGUAGAAUAGGCAUUCCACAUUAGACUACUCAUCAUGUGAUACUGCACUAUUAAUACUAAUACACUGUUUAUGAACCUGUUUUUGUAUUGUUUGUUAGCUUUUAUGAGAGAAUAUUUUUUAUUUCAUUUUCAAAUACUCAUAGGUAUAUGUUGGUACACAACAAUGAAAUGAAGAAAUAGGUCAUUGAAAGCAUUCACUUUGCAGAAGCAUCAAGUGCCUUUUUGUUUGUAUUGAGUUAGCAUCUGAAUGACUGUUUUGGUGCUUGGAAACCAAGAAUGGACAGUUUUUGUUAUUACUGUGGUUUGAAAAAAGUAUUUGUGUUUUGUAAUAUAUUUCCCACAUUUACAGGCCAUGCAUUUCAUUUUCCCGAGCUGAUGUGCGUAUACGUAGAGAAACUGGAUAACUACACUGGGCUGCUGGUGAACAGUGUAUUUGGUUCCUCUUAAUGGAGUGGUCAGUCUGCCUUCAUUAAAAUCUGUCUGUCUUUUUUUUUUAAUAAACAGAUGCAAAGUGAGCAUAUUUCUCUGAAAAGAUAUGUUAAAGUGUGUUUAAUACCUUCAGCCUAAACGUACUGAAGCCAUACUUCUUUAAUUAACACUUACUGUUACUUUGUAUGAUUUUCUUUUUUUAAGGAAAUAUGUUAUGUAUCACUAUACAUUUUGACCUGUUCUGAUAUAAGUGCUGUAAACUGCUGUUGAUGCGAGUCCAUCAAUGAAAGCCCGAUGGGGAGAGAAAUUCAUGCUCUGAAUAUGUGUGAGGCACUGAAGAAAGCUUGACCUUGAGAUUCUAUCGCAGAGGGCUUUACUUUAUUAACCUAAAGUAUGUGAUGGUUGCACAGCUUCUGCCCAAAAUGUUCAGUUGCGUAGUCUUUUGUAUUUAAAAAUCAGCAGUUUAGUACUUUCAAAAUAAUGUCCCUCAGUAAGAAAAUGAAGAGGAACUUGUUGGUACUUGAACUGCCCAGGUAAUUUUCAGAGUUUCAAUCUGGAUGUAUUAGUUACUUAAACAUUUUGGACCACCCCAUUGUGAUAAUUCAAUCUUAUUGUUAUAACUUACCUAUCAAGACAGUAAUAUUCAGCCAGCCAGUCAGUGAAAGGAGACCCAGCCUUUCUUACCUUUUGGCAAACGUGUGCUGAUCAGAUUCUCACAUUUGAAGAUUCAUUUUACCAUGAAAGCAACAACUUGCUCCUGUAAGAUUUCCACUGGGUGGGUUUGGAAAAGCAUUUUAGUGUUAAAUUUGAAUAUUGGUUGUAUAUUGUGCAGGGAUUUAAGAGUGAUGUAACACUGUUAAUUCUGAUUUGGACAGUUGUUCUAUGAUUAUGCUUGUGGAAAUGGCCUAACACACACCUAAAAGUUGGCUAUAAGUAAUUACUAAUACCAAAUGCCUGAGGUGAAUAAGAGAAUAUUAUUCCCCAGUUAUAGAAUUGUCCAUGGUGCAAUUUAAAGUAUUUUGUAAGAUUCUGAAACUUUGACCAUUAAAUAGAAAUUGUUUUCUCUA